GUGGGCGUGUCUAUGUAAAUGACAACCUGUUUGAGCACAAACUUGUCCUACCAACGUCCCUCCCCACUCAUGUCCUGUGUGUCAGUCCCAUCAGAACAGACAGGCAGGCCGGAGGCGACUCUCACUCAGCGCACUUUUACCCACAGAUCGAACUAAGGGAACAGGGAGGAGAGUCUGCAGUCCGUUGAAGUUGAACGUGCGGCUCGACAUGCCACCUCAGAUGGAUUACUUCUACCACGAGUCCCGAGUGCCUUCCGCUUGCGGGCUGACCCGGGAGGACGAGCUGGAGCCCGGCGUCAUCAGCUGCAUGCUGAUCGGAGACGGAGCCGUCGGGAAGACGAGCAUGAUCGUCAGCUACACCACCAACGGCUACCCGACCGAGUACAAGCAGACCGGCUUCGAUGUCUUCUCCGGUCAGGUCCAGGUAGAAGGAUUGCCGGUCAAAGUUCAGCUUCUGGACACUGCUGGACAGGAGGAGUUUGAUGAGUUCAGGGCUCUAUCCUAUGCCCACACGGACGUCUUCCUCCUGUGCUUCAGCAUGGUCAACCCCACCUCGUUUCACAACAUCACCAAGAAAUGGGUUCCAGUGAUCCGGGCUCACAACCCGUCCGCGCCCAUCAUCCUUGUUGGGACCCAGUCGGACCUUUUGCUGGACGUGAACGUCCUCAUCAACCUGGACAGAUCUAAUGUCAAGCCAGUUCUGAGCCCCCGGGCCCGGAGCAUGGCGGAGAAGAUCAGGGCCACGGACUACAUUGAGUGUUCGUCGCUCACGCAAAAGAACUUGAAGGAGGCAUUUGAUGCCGCCAUCUUCGCCGCCAUUAAAAACAAAACUCGCAAGACCAAGAAGAGGAGGUUUUCUGACAGGCGCACCAAAGCUUUCUCCAGGUGCAGCUGGAAGAAGUUCUUCUGCUUCAUCUGAACUCUUGUUGACUGUUAACCCUGUGGGUUGGAGAAAAAAAUUAACUUAUUGAAGUUUUUCACUUUCACUUGAUGUUACAGGUCCUGCUUGUGGUAGUUUAGCAUCUUUCCCUUGUAAAGUAUUUUGCUUAUUUUACUGUGGGAUGCCAAAUGGUGCAGAAGAAACAAGGCAUGGGCAAAGGCAUGGGCAAAGUGAGCGUUGGAAACAAACAUCGGCAGAGACGGCAGAGAGGAUUCUGGGUCGUUCUCAGCCAGGGUCUUAUUUUACACUCCAUCAGAUAGACUUCCGGACAUUAUAUUCAAAUGAAUCACUGUUCCAUAUUAAGAAAAAAGUGUGUGUAUGCUUUCACGUGUAUGCCUCACUCGUGAGGCGUUAAAGAGAAAAGUACAAUGAAUUGAGACUUGAAAUGAAGUGGAUACAUCAAUUAAACUCUCUGAACUCACUGACACGUGAGAAAAGCCUGACCAUUAUGUAAAUGCCAUGAAUUUGCAUGGUGAGCUUCGCUGCCCAACUGCAGCCAUUUAAUGUAAGUGAGCGACAAAACAGAAAGUGUCACGGCUGUGUGUGCACGGAUGGGCGUCAGCCAUCCCUCUGUUGUAUUCUUGCUGUCUGGUUGCACCAGCUUAUUUAUAUGCAGGAGCUGCAAGUUCAGGUUGCAGUGCGAGGUGCCACAUUCUUACCUGUGUGUGAAAGCUUCCCUGGCUGGUGUUGACUGGGCAAUUUCUGACCCUUGUGUUAAUCAACUAUCAUAUCAAUCCUAUCAACCCCUAAUAUAUGUUUCUGUUGGAAUUGUAUCAAGUCUUGAGAUUCAUGAAAAAGAAGCACAGCAUUGGGAUUUGUUUGUGGCAAAUGUAUUUCCUUUGUUCGAGUCCUCCGAUUGGCACAGGAACUCAUUUGAAAACUCCUCUUGUCUGAUGUGAGAGCUGGCGUGGGAGCAGUAACCUGCGGCUUUUUGUUCCCGUCGCUCAUCAAUCUGCAUCUGUAAAAGCAAGCACCGCAGGAGUCUUGACUUCCACCCUGCAGGACCCCCCACCACCUCCACCUCAAUCAGCCUGGCUUUUUUAAAUGCCCCUCUUUGUUUGUAUGCUCAAUACACUCCUUAUCCCCUGAAUAACCCAGUGUGUACAGAGUUAGAGGACGCUAAACAGCCUCUGUUUGAGUGUAAGUGUAGGUCAUGCACUUUUUAUUAUCUGUGACAACUGUACAAAACAAAAACAUGUAUUGCAAUCCAUUGUAACGAUGUCUGGUGGAUAUACAAGUGUAUAUAUGUGACAAUGCUUUUAUUAUGCUUCUUGUGGAAGUCAGUUAAAUGUAUAUUAUAUUCUGUUUGUUAAAACAGUUAACUUGUCAUGUUUAUGAAAUAAUCAUUAAGACAUGGAUUUUAAAUGGAUUUGUCUAUGCCAUAAACUCUAUUGGUUACAUUUUGUGUCACUCUCCGUCUCCCUCUCUAACCCGUUUGUCUUUUCUUUUUUACAUGUCCAAGUGAUGUGAUGCAAAUAAAUGAAGUGCAAAUCAUA